AUGCCGGUAUUGCUGAGGGAUGCAACUGCUUGUAGAAAUGAGCUGGGUCGCAUCCUUUAUGCAAAUCCGGACGAAUGGUCUGUCCAAAUGGAUAUUGUUUCUACGAACACUCUGUCGAAUUUCUUCACUUCUCAUACCGAAUAUCAUAUAUCACUUACUGCGGUACCUAAUUCCCUUGCAGGGAAUUUACGAUGCUUCGACAUGUGGACACGUUUUAGAGAUGUGAAACGUCUUUGGGAACAACUAGCUGAUUUGCACAAAAAAUUGCAUCUACAUGGUUCAUUCCCGCAGUUUGCAGAAGCCGUUAUUUUUGGAAACCAAAGUGCCCAAAUUGUGGGUGGACGAACAUCGUCGAUAACAACGUUCUUGAAUUACGUACUUGCUCAUCCAGUUCUCCGACAGAGCAAAGUUUUGCAAGAUUAUUUUGAAAAAGCGGUAGAAAUUGAAAACCCAUCGAAACAUAAAGAUCCAUUGGAACCUGUUCAUUCAAAUGGAGGAGAAUCGUUUGGUACUAAUGUAGUUCAUGUUUCACAGUAUAAGGAUCAAGAUUCCAAUCUAUUCUUUAUAUCUGAGCAUGACAACUCACUAUCGCCUUCAUCACCUGGACAGCUUUAUUUCAAAACUUGUCCGAUGCCUUCAACAGCGAUGCGGGAAAAUUCUAUGUUUAAUGCGCAGGAGAAUAACGCUGCAAAUCCUAUGUCGUCAGGCAUGAUGAAUCAGACAUCUUCCUCACAGUCUCCUUAUGUUUUUUCUCCUUAUUGCUGUGUUACAUUAUCGCAACAGGCACACUCCAAUCAAUUCUCCCGAGGCAAUAAUGGUCCGUUGCACGAUUAUUCGUGA